AGCACUAAGCAGAGUCAAUGAACGUACUUUGAAGCAACAGGACUUUAAACGAAUUUCAGCGGAGAUAAAAAGAACAAAAAUCAUCGAAAUAUUUGUGAAACAAUAAAAACCAUUGGCAAAGGAUAAUAAAGGAACCAGCGUCAAGGAGCGCCAGUUAUGUGCUUGUAUUUGGGUGUUGCGGAUCAUUUGGUUGACAUUGCGGCUUAUUGCGUUUGCCGCGUGAUUGAAAUGUCAUUUCUUUUUGUUAUGAUGCUGUGUGGCGCGAAGGCGAAGACUUUAGUUUAUGUACCAAAUGACGUAGAACGAUGAUGUACUGAUUGUCAUUGUCAUUCCAUCUUAGCAAAUCAGUAGUAAAACAAGUAGCAGCACACAAGCAGUUAAGACUCCUUCUCUCGAAACAGCUUUAUUGUCGAAAAUAAAAUAAAGAAAAUAACAAAAAAUGUUUCUAAACAAGUAAAUGAAUGUCAAA